GCGAGUACCUGUCAAACAGUCUCCGGUUCUCCCCGGUGCGUUGCCGAAACGCCGGUCGGCUUCAGCCUCACAGGGACUCACGGCAGUCGUUGUCCCAGCUAUCACCCGUGACCCGGGAAAUAUUUAAACGGGACCUCACGGUAAAGGACCGAGGUCACACAGAGCGUUUGUUUUUAACCCCGGGGGAUUUAUUCCCCUCCGCAGCGGACUUCAUUGCAACGGACCGGAGCUGGAUGAAAUGAAAGUCGAACGUGGAUCCAGGCUGAAGGACGGAACAACAGGAGAAGAGAAGCCUGUAUUUGGGGGUUGAAUGCCAGUCUGACCUACAUACCGCAAAGCUGAAUGGACGCUCCUUCAGGACCACUCUGCUGCGUGGAAGCAUCUUACUGACUGACGUCCUGUGUAACCUUGUAACACAGUAAUAAGUGACCUUCAUUUUUAUUUGCUGCUGCAGAUCUGUCCAAAGCAAGACAUGUGAAUGUGGAUGUGAGAUGGAGACGGAGAUGCAAACCAUGCCUUGUGCUAAGAAGGGAACAUGAUAUACACAGCAUGAAUAUCAUUGCAUGCUGACGUUUUUGUAGGGCUCUAGGGUCAAGAGGAAGCAAAACAUAUCAAAGCAGUUGGCCUGAGAAUUCUCUUUGCUGAACCCUGCCCUGCCGUUUUCUCACGGGAUACCGCUAGAAUAUACACCAUAUCUUCUAUUUGGAUAAGCCUACAGCUCAUGGGGCCCACAGUGGAGCUGGGGUCAAAGGUCGACAGAAGAGCAGGGCUGAAAUGUCUUUCAAAGCAGAGCAGCCGGCAGAUGCCUUAUCCACAUGUAAGCAAGAGAUUCUAUUGUGAUCAUUAACUGCUGUAAUCAGCCGACAGUCAAGCAAUAAAACCUUCAAUUAAACACUUUCUGCUGUCAGACAUUAACUGUUGCCAGUAUGCUUCUAAACUGUGGCCAGUCAAUGCCUCUUCUGAGGCACACGGAUGUGCCAUCUCGGGUCAAAGAAAACUUCAUCUUGACCGGCUAUCGCUUCCCAAACUACAGCGUGAAGGAUUGCUUACUGUCAGCAUUCAGGCCUACCAAUGAGACAGGAAACUUCUGGACACACUUCCUGCCAGUUUUUAUCUUUGCAUAUUAUUUCGUGGAGGUAUUUGGUUGGGAAGGUGCGCCACACGCCGACUCCCCGUUCUUCUAUCCACUGUGGAACUACUUUAUUGGGGUCUUCUGUCUGUUAAUGGCUAGCAGCAUGGCCCACCUGCUCAACUCAAUGUCUCUGGUGGUGAGGGAAGUCUGCUUCUUUGUGGAUUACGGCACCAUCAGUUCCUACACAGUUGGCUCAUCUUUGGCGUACUACUACUACAUCCACCCUCGAGCAGGUAUAGUGGAGACAGGAGGCAACAAUGGCUCCCAAACGGACUUGAAAGAGGAACCUGCAGGCUCUCUAUCCUAUGCAAUCCCAGACUUCUGUGUGUUUUUUGAGAACUUCUACAUCCCUUCCGCAUGUCUUGUCGCGAUCAUUUGCGUCUUGUCUUGCUGCAAUACUCGACAGAGGUGGAGGCGGCAUCGAUACCUCAUCCGAACCUUCGUUUUCCUCCUGCCGUUCCUCGUCUCUUCCACGCCCAUUUUCUACCGCCUCCUCACCAGAUCACCUUACUCCACCACCUCCUCGUCCUUUGCGGCUUCCACCUCUACAGCCGGCUUCUUCUGUCGCCACUGCUUCUGGCUGCUGGUCUCAGCCGUGUUCAACAUCAGUAAGAUCCCCGAGCGGCUGGCCCCGGGGCGCUUCGACAUCUGGGGCCACAGCCACCAGUGGUUCCACUGCUGCACCUUUCUGUCCAUCCUGGACGAGCUCCACCUGAUCAAGGCCGAGGUGAAGGCCAUCCUGCUCAGCCCGACUCUGCUGCUGCCCCCCGCCACCCUCGCCCCCCUACCUGGACCUACCAUUACUUCAACCUAUGGGGUGAUGCUCCUCCUCCAGACCACCAUCAUCUCCGUCAUCGUGUGGUUCUCCUGGCAUGCCAACUGCAUUUUCGGACCCGAGAGAGACAAGCUAGCAAAGGAACACCCCAGGGAACAUCUCAAAUGCCACUGAGCAUUUCCUGUCCUGAAUUUAAAUCCCUCAUAUGUUCCAACCCCUUUAAGAGUGAUUUUCAGGCUGUAAUAGGCAGAAAUCAGGGACAACGAGAGAUGAGAGGAUUAUAUUCUGAGCUCACCACAUGGUGGCUGUCUGGUUGAGUGGAUAUUGAUGGACGUUGCCAGUUCUUUCCCCUGAGCUGCUCCUGCAUGUUCCAACAGGAUGCGUGAGCAGUGGCGAUAAUGACUACCUCUAGGGAGUGCACUGUACACUUGAGGACACAGGAAAGGUGUUGGUACCCAGCAGAACAUUUUCCACAUAACACUUGGUAAUGUGGUUUAAAUGUCAUUUACAGAAGUUGCUUAUGUGCAGUCUAGUAGUCCUUCCUGUUCCACUUCCCCUAACCUUGAACGUCAUAUUUCAAGAAGACCUGCACUAUGGUUGCAGUUGAACCCGCUGUUAUACAUUGUAUUAGGCUCAAUUGGCUUCUGGUGACCACACCUUCUCUUCCUCUUCCUUCCAUGAACGCUCGCACGCACUCUCAUUUCCUCUCCUUUCAAGUGACCCUUGCAGCAGGAAGCGCGGUGGCCUUGAUGACGCAACAGAAAUAACUGAGAGCUUAUAUCAGUCUUACAGUAAAGCACUUUCAAACCCGCUUUGUCAUUAAGAAGCCAUGCUAGCUUUUAACUUUAAAGAACGUGUAUCAUUACUGAAGCAGGAAAUGAUGUCCUGCUGAUGUGUUUUGUUUAUUCAAAAUGUGUAGUGUAUAUAUAAUGCGAUGACUAGUUCCCCAUAGAUGAUGUUCAAACGUGUGCUCUUGUUCAGAUUAAAUGCCAUGUCAAUCUGAAUUGUCAGUAUAAAAGCGUUCUCGACCUGGUACUCAAUCUGAACAUUCACAUGUCUAACAUUCAAAAAGAUUUCUAAGCAGUAGCUCCAUUUCAAACGCCUGCUUUGAGAUAUUUUUGGACAACGUAAGCAGAGAUUUCUUUUUAUGUUGUCUGAUGACCGCAGCCUUUCUGAGCAAAAGCCAUACUGGAACAGUGACAGUCCUGCAUCAGGAACUUCCUGGUUAGAUCUGCACUCGACAGUUAGAUCAGGUAAAUAACAAUUUGCACAUUUCAUUUAUUACUAAAACCUUCGAGUCAAAGAGCUGUUUUCCUACAAAUAUUGUAUACACCAGGCAAUCUUUAAAAAAACCAGAGGGUCUUUUUUUUGUAUGUUCUGAAUAUAUUUUAGUGACUCUUCUAUGCACCCAAUUAAAAAGUAAAAAUGUCCUUGCUCAAUUCGAUAACCAAAAUUGAAAGUUAAUUCACAGGUUAGGGCUGCUCAAUUCAUCGUAUUUUAAUCACAAUUACGAUUUUGGCUCGCAACGAUUAUGAAAACAACAUAAUCGAAAUAAAACGAUUAUUUAUUUUAUUUUAUUGGUUUUUCAGUUGAAUUAUACUUAAAGUUCAGGGUAAUCAACUGUUAAAAACAUGCUGUUCAAUUAUUUAUUUUUUUUAAUAAAUGGAUGUUUUCAAAGUAAAUGGAUAAUCGUUUUUAAUAAUCGUGAUAUCAAUUAUUGACCCAAAUAAUCGAGAUUAUCAUUUUUGCCAUAAUCGAGCAGCCCUAGGUUAAAUCAAUGUUGUGUUUUUAUUGUUUCAUACAAAAAUAUAUACAUUUUUAGUUUGGUUGCUAUAUUAAUUAUCCUGAUUGAUAAAACAGUCAUUGAACAAUUGAACAAUGUCUUCAGAACAACAUUAAAUGUUUUUAGGGCUAUCUGGGUUUUUAGAGAUGAUGGAGUAUUUAUCACCUGAACAGAAUGAAUGCUUCAUGUGUUCUGCAUUAUGGGACACAUCUCUCUCUUUAUCAGCUUCAGCUGCAUGAAGCAUGUGCGCCGUCUGCUGUAGGAUGAUCUCCUGCCUGCUAGACUGCUUCUGUCUUUAUAGAGUCCUGCUGGGUUUGGUUGUUUCAAAUAUUUGUUGCAAAUAUCUUUGACUGUGCUAAUUGUCUAUGUCCAUGUGUUUCAAGUAGAGGCACAGGGUUCGGGAGAAGGUGAAUUAUUGGUCAGUAACAGAUCAAAAGUACAGCCUUGCAGUUUCUAAUGUCUCAGCCAAAAAGAAAAAUGUCCGAACCUUCGUCAAUGAUGGCCGUUGGAUUUGGUCUGACAGGCUAAAGUGUGUUUUCUGGCUCAUCUUUUUGGGCGUUUUCAUUUCUGCUGGGUCACUUUGUGGCAUGUUCGAUUGCAUUCCGUAAAUGUGUUUUGUCUUUAACAAAAUACAUGGUUGAGAGUCCAUGAAAAAGCUCUGUGUUUACCUGAGCCUGACGAUGAAUGAAGAGGAAAUUGGACUUGAAUGCAGAAUUACCAAAAGGUCAUUUCUUUGUUCAGAGUUUAUUUUGCACUGAAAAUGUUACAUGAGCAUUAGUGGGAUGAAGAUGUGUUGUGUCUGUGUGUUUUCAUGCUGUUCUGUCCUCUGUGAUUAGGGAGGGAAUUCCAUCUAAAGUAGACUUGCAUGUUACGGUUACAUGUUGAUAACUCAUGUUGAUCACUGUCUAAUUUCAGAAAUAUGAUUAACACUGUAAGUUGUUCUCAUAUAUACUGCUGUGUUCCCGUGAACAAUGUUUAGAAAUGAUUAUGUUUAUUAUGUACGGCACUGGAAUGACUACAUGUGAUAAUAUAGCACUUUAAAUCUAGCAAGAUGUUCCUUUAAGGGUGGACCACUGUAUUAUUCAUUACAUUUCAGGUUUAGACUCUUUCAAAGAGUAGUCAGAGAAUCAUCAGAUUAUGAUGCGUCCGAUGUUUCUACCUCAAUAGAGCAUGUGUUGAAGAACCAUCGUCCGUCAUCAGACCUGAAUCUGUUGUACUGCUGUCUCUCACCCUGUCAUGUACUCAGGGGGACUGAGGAACUACUAACACAAUAUCUACACAUUUCAAUGAUCAAGUAGGGAGGGAGGAUAUGUAUAGAAUCUGCUAAUGCUGACAAACCCUCCUCCAGUAUGGAAAUUGAUGUAUCAAAUAGCUCUAAUUUGGAUGAUUUUAUUGAAUAAAUGAUGCGAAAAAGUUGCAA